AUGCGGACCAUAUAUCUGGCCGUAGUAGUUCCGCAGAUGCUCUACGGGGUUGCUGCAUGGUAUAGCCCUGCCAGCGGGCGUACUAAGUAUGCAAAACGGCAGAAGACUAUCAACGAAUUCGAACAAAUCCAGACACGGGCGGCAGUACUUAUUAGCGGAGCGUUUAGAAAUACUGCCUCUGCAGCUCUAGGGGCAGAGCUGUUCCUGCCUCCGGUCCGCCUGCACAUGCAACAGAUGAUUGAGGAGACCGCAAUCCGGAUACAGACCGGACCGGUUAUGUCUCCCAUGGAGGCGCUGAGGUGGAGGAAGGGGGGCCCCCUGUGGACCGGAGGCCGAAGUUUGGCUACGUGGGAGUCCCGAAAGGCACACGUGCUCGCCCCGUGGGAACUCCCACUUAACUGCGUGAUCGAGGGAGCGGAUAGCGCAGUCCAGGAACACGACAGGAUCUGUCAGGAAAACCGGAGGCAGAUCUGGUACUCUGACGGCAGCGGCUUUAACGGCCACAUAGGGGGCGCUAUAGUCUCGAUUCGGGCCAGGAAGGUCCGCAAGAAAUACCUAGGAGCCACGGCUGACUCCACUUACAUACUACGGGCUAUCUACGAGAGGAUCAGGUCCCUGAGAGGCAGUGGUCUGCAGCAGGGAGAUAUAGAGCUGCGCUGGAUCCCUGCGCAUAUCGGUAUAGAAGGGAAUGAACGAGCUGACGAGACAGCCAAGCGGGCCGCGAUAAAGGGGAUUGAAUUAAGCUCAGUAAGGCCGCGGGAGCUGGCCGCUCGGCCAAUCACGAGGCUCGCAGCUGCAGCCAAAACUGACGUACGCCGGAGAAUCCAAGCGCAGUGGGCGAAGUGGUGGGAGCGACAACAGGUUGGAAAGCCUACCAAACGGUUGAUUCCGAAGCCGAAUAAGAAGAUGCGCACUAUGAGGAUCGGAUUGAGGCAUUUCCUCUUCAAGAUAAAGCAGGUCGACUCCGACCGCUGCGGGUGUGAAUUAGGCUUUCAAACGCCUAAAUACGUCCUUAUGGAGUGCUCGCUGCACCUCGCCAGUCGGAGAAUAAUGAUGGAACGCCUCGACUCUAUCGAGGGACUGCGUGAGCGUAUACAGGAUUACGACGCAGUCAUGAACUACCCGCAGGCGAUACGCUACGUCGCCGAUUUCAUGCAACGAACAGGCCUCCUACAGCAGUUCCGAUUCGCCACGUUUAACGACAAGAAGGACAAGGAGGUCCCGGAACCCAGCACCCUCCUAGAGGGACUCGAUCUAAACGAGGAAGACGAUGGUUAUAUUGAACAAUAA